AUGAAACAUGUUUCAUUUUUGCGCUUAAGUUUUGCUGAAGCGGUUGAUCGCAACUUACGUGUUGUGAGAAUGAGAGUUACAAAAGAGCCGAGCCAGGAUUUUUUCCCCAAAUACCUUUUCACGAAUACCUUGACAGAAUGUUUUGAAGGGAACAUUUUAAGAAAGAUUAUAACGGUGAGAGGUUCGGAUAAUAUAGAUGAUUCUGUGCCUCAUGUGAUGCAUGUUCAUCAUAACGAUGUUGACGACAAAGAUCCUUUCGUCCGUUAUGGCGAUAACUCAAUUCUCAUAUGUCUGCAAUAUAACUUCUCGAAUACUAGAAGAACGGAUAAGAAAUAUUACUUCUCAGCAAGUGAAGACAAAUUCAGCCAAGUCAAGUUAUGCCAGAAGAUUGCCAAUAAGCCACCAACUGAGAUCAAGAUAGAAAAACCGUUCAAAGUGAGCAUACAUGAAGUCGUAUCGAAAAACCAAGAUAGGAUAUCACAUUGUAUAGAAAUAAGUGGAAACAUGGACAUAACUGAGAAAUUUAGAGUGUAUAGACCGGAUGAUACAAUCUCUGAUGAUUUUGUAACAACUACGGAGAGAGUGUUCAUUAGCUCUAACAAAUUGAGAAUCCACAGCGAAGCUUUGGUUAAUAAGUUCUGCGAGGAUGGAUUAUUCCAUAACCGAAUCACUGAUCUUUCAAGUUUCUUACAAGAUGGUCAAUCACCUUCAUUUCAUGAACAUUAUGAUGAACUGAAGUUAUCACAAUCUUUGCUGAAUCUUGAAGAUGCCGUGCAACACACACCUUUGUCUUCAAAAUAUCAAUCUGCGUGCAGUAAAACAGGAACUCCUGAACACCUGAACUCGGAGACUUGUGAUUCCAUCACACCAGCCUCAACCAAAUCCAGCCUAUUAUCUGUUAAAUCACGACCAGGAACUCCCUUCAUAAAAAAGAAGAGAUUUCUGUCAAAAUCAUCGGUGGUUCCAACUCUGCCAGAUACGGGAAGUUCCGCCGACGGAGGAAAAACUUUUUUGUUCACCAAUUCUUCUGCAGUUAAAGCUUUACGUGAAGGAUCAUUGUUCGGAAAGUCUACAGGUUUUAAAAACUAA